CAGCUGCUUUCAUCCUCAGACCGAAGGCAGCGCGCAGUACAUUGACACUCAGCUCGUCCUAGGAUGGCACCUUUGUUUGCGUGUGUUUUGCUUUUAUUAAGUUUGCUUCCGAAAGAGGUGCAGUCGAUAAAACACAACGAAACGGUCACAUCAAACUCGACGAAUGGCAACGGAUAUUUUAUGUACUUCGCGUACGCGAGUAAUUUACUAAAGGAAAGGCUUCGCCUCAACAGCCCUUCUGCGGUCUUUAAUAGCACCGGGAAGCUUAAGGGUUAUGCCUUAAAGUUUGGGCUUUGGGGUGACCUGAUGAACAAUGAGACCGUGUGGCAAGGCGGGGUGGCCACUGUCGAAGAGCAGAAGGACAGUGAAGUCUGGGGAGUUAUCUGGAAGAUUAACAGUGAGGAUCGCAGAAAUCUGGACAAGCAGGAAGGUGUGGACCGUGGUCUGUACCGCCCCCUUGAGGUGAAUGUGAACACGACCUAUGGAGAGAUCCCGUGUCAUUUAUACCGAAUGAAUAACUUCACAUCUAAGGUUCCCUCGCCUCAGUACAAGCAGGUCCUGUGCAUGGGCGCUGAGCAGAACGGCUUACCCCUGGAUUACGUGAAGAAACUUUGUACCCUGGAGACCAACAACAGCAAUAGCACCUCCAUGCUGCAUAAAAUCUUUCCUGCAAAGCACCGUGAGAAAAUCCCGUCUCACGUAGGUCAACCUUGAUGACCGCAAGUUUCCCUGCUGUAUAGGACAGGAAGACAGAAUACAGAAAAUGGUAAUUUUGCAUUAACCCCAUCUAACAGGUACAAUUCCUCCAUAAUGGUUUUCAUUUGGAGUGUGUAACGCAAGUGUAGUUAUGAAGCCAGUAAAAUAUGCUGUAUCUUUUGUACUAAUCCAAUGCGGCUGUUAAUCAUUAUGUGAAAGGGAGCUGGUUGAAAGCUUGGAUAUUACUGAAAUAAAAUCAUAUGAAGCAUAAUGUUUUUGCGAGCUGAUGUUUCAGUUAUUCAUUAAAUCAUUGACUGAU